AAAAGGUUGCAUCGGGGGCGGUGUUGUGAAAAACAGAGAGAUUGCAGCGUGGCUGACUUAGCGUCAAGUAUCCGAGAUGAUUUACAGCAGUCUGCAACCAGACUAUGAGGUGUAGGUGAGACAUGCAUUAGGAUGGAGUGAGUGAGUGUGAACACAUCCAGCUGGUGUGAGUGACUGAAGGAGCAGCUGGAUCGUCUGAGAUGGUCGCAGACUGAACUCACAGUUUACACAUGGCGAAACCAUCAACAACAACUUCAACCGGAGGGGCCUUCAUCACGUACCCUUGCAUAAUACUGAGAAAUGUAGUGAGACACUCAAACCACAUUGGGAAACGAUAUGUUCCCGUAAUCGCACUUAGGCUAUUCUGAGAAUACCUCAGUGCACCUAUCAUCAAUCUUCAGGCGUAGGAGCCAUGUUUUUCCAAGAAUGGGUGUAUAAGGUUUAUGUUACGGCGUCCACAACUGAGAUCAUUUUGAGUGAUUUUACAGAGAGAUGUGAAGGCGGGCGGUUCGGUCAGGUAAAUGAAAUUGAAAAAAUCUAUCAUUGGUUUUAUUCGUUUCCUGACGUCUGCUUACAAAAAUCCAGUUUGUAUCGUACACAAACCAGAAUAACGGUCCAUCUCACAUUCAGCUCAAACAAAUAUGUUUGCAGAAAUUUGGUUUGAAUAGCUCAAGGCCAACAACUAAAUACAUCUACAGUUAUCAGGAGCAGUGCCUUAUUUCUAAAGAUUUUCUGUUGCUUAUUAGCUCAGAAUACUUUUUCUAAUUAAUUUGGGUACUAUAACAUUUGAUGUAUAAUUUGUAUUCAUGCCCCUCUGCUGUGUUAGACGAUUCCAGGAAACUCGACGGCAUUAUCCACCAUGACAUACCAAUUUGGCUCAAGAGUUUGCAGUCUAAAUAUGCUGCAGGAUGUGGGUCCAUUUAUUAAGCCUCUGCCUUGAGUUCAGAGUCACAGUCUGUCUAACACCAAAUAUUCAGGCGAUUUAAUGCUGUAAUUUUGGGUUUGGAGUGAGUCCCUUCUGCCAGACAGGGUGGAGGUUUUGAUAGAUGCUGCAGAUUUAAUGAGGUGUUGGAUCAGCCCUCUCUGACUUGUUGACUCGCUGCUGUUACAUAACUUCAUCAGGUACGACAGUGGAGAGCUUGUAAGACAUUGCGUCCUACAGUGUAAUGACCACGUAAGCACUCAGCGCCGGAGUAAGGAGACUUAUGGUCAACUCCAGCUGUGGUUUGCUGUGUUGUAAAAGUCUGUGUCGAUACCUCAAGCACGAGGGCACUGAUGUAAGUCGUUUCAUGAAAGAACUUCUUGUGAGGAGGAACCUUCAUGUGGUGAAUGUAAUUAUUUUCUUUAAAUUCUUUAUAUCUCUUUCUGUAAUGUAUUGUAUACUUAUGUGUACCAAGAGAAUAAAAAUGGUAUAGAACUAAGAAAAGCAAAAUACUUGCAGUGGCAUGCGAGUAAAUCGAAGUUGCUCGGUCGGGCUAAAGAGGUUAAAUCAAUGGAGCUCUAUAAAUGAUCCUACAAUAAUGUACCAGAAGAAGAACAACAAUUAAUUACGACAAAUGUUUAGAUUAAGGGUCCUUUCACAUGGGUGGUUUGGUUUAUUUUGUCAGGACCAAGGGAAAAACAAAAGAAUAGAUUGUUGGAUUUUAGUUUUGGUCCGGUUCCUGUUCCCAAUGAUUUUUUAGAAGUGGGGAAAUCAAAUUCUGGUGACUGACAGAAGUUCAUCCAGCACUUAAUCCAUUCUGAUGUGUAUGUUUAUGUAUGUUGUCACAAAGACUGCACAAAUAAAUAUCCAAUUAUAAACAUUAGUAGUAGGACUAGACUGCAAAUCAAUCCGCAUCUUAUGAAUAAUGACUGAAAGGUAGUGCCAGGGCUGUACAAAAGCCUCUUUGGGCACUCCCAGAUGACGGUGAACCGUGAGGAGCACAUAGAGGUGUCUUGUACAGUAACACACCAGGGCUUAUUACUGUAGGAUCGCUGUCACACACUUUUAAUGGACUUAAUGAACUGACAAAGUUGGGCUUGGAGACAGAAUUGUGUUGAAACAUUUCAUGAUAAAAUGAGAUAAAAUAAAUAUUAUUUUUUUAUCCAUUUUUGAAUAUCCAAUACAAUGUAGGCUCUGCUCCGUUGCUACUGCUGUAAAACAAGGAGAAAUAGUUUUGAGCAUCAAGAUCCCCGAGAAAUGACUUCAGUAGUUUCACUACAAGCAUUUAAAUUAUUAUAUCCCCAUUCAAGUAGAAGGCUAAACCGGAAGUUGUCCAGCUUGACCGACAGAAAUCUCAACAUCGCUCAAUAUUUAAAAAACAAAAACAUAUUGUGAUAAAAAAAAACAGAGUUUGAUUGACAGCUUUCACACCAGCCCAAACAAACCGUACUAGCCGGGCGAACAACCUGAGUUUGUUUUAACCGAACCAAAGAGGUUAAGUGUGAAAACACCAUAAGGAACUUGAACAUGGGUAAGAAAGACACACACAUAAUAGAAAAACAUAGAAGGAUGAAUUUCCACUGUGGGUGGAUUUGAUGAGAAUAGAUAAUAUUAAUAAAGUAUUAGUAGGUCAAGCAUGUUUCUCCUUUUGUAUUCCGUGGAUUACAACAAGACACAUUCCUUCAAUGAGCUAUUAAUGCACCACAUGCUUCCUAUUAUGCACCUUUAAUCAUUCUUGUUUCUGACCAGUUUGUAUUGUUUUCUUCUACGAUUCAGAGGUUUUGAAAAAUGCUAAUUGUCAGACCUCCGCUGAGAGCACAUACAGUCGUUACUGUCUGGCUAUGCCGAACGAAACUACUGCUUCAGGUCGGCUUCAUUGGUAACACAGUACAUUUUGUUGUCAUUGUGGGUCAUUUGCCAACGGACCAUAUGAGGAGAAGCUGAGUUACGAAGUGUUUGAAUGUCUCUGGAUUCGGUCAUAUUGGUAUCACGAACGAAAAUAGUCCAGAGAUGGUGUCAGAGACAUUUGGGGUUUGGUUUUAUGUCCGAGCCAGCUGCAGCGUUCACUGUCUGACCUCAUUAACCGCACCAUGAUGUGACUCUGCCCAGGUCUAUUGAGCUCCUGAUCGCAGCUGCAGACCAUGCAUGGAGGUCUGUGGGGCUUUCUGUGAUCCAGAACCAAAACGCCUGCAAAGGCUCCUUCUAAAAACCAAUCAGAUGGCAGAUAAAACUCUGGGUGUCCUGCUGCCGACUGGCUAGAAUCCAUAUCGGUAGACAACAAAAUACCGGAGCAGCGGUGUACAGACUAACCACAAGGAACACCUGCGGUAGACGUAUGGAAACUAUGACUCAUUUGCUGCCGUUUGUUGCUAUAGAUACUUGUGUUUGUCCUUUUAAGUGGGAACAUCAUCUGGCAGCCACUGAAACUUGGCUUUUAUUGAUUUAGUGAAACAUCAUUACAGAUUCAGUAUUUUUUUAUGCUCAAUGGCAGUUUCUUAAAUCAUGGAAUAAGGCCCUGUUGGGUUGAAAAUAAGAUGCAACACCAGUAGAGGAAUGAAAAAACAAACAAUCAUUAAGACCCAAGCCUCCUCAUCUCUGCCAAAUGUGGCAACUUGCAUGGUGCCAGACUUGCUGACGAGCUGGAGGCCGCGAGAGCCAGCUCUGAAGCUUUGCUGGCCGGUUAACACGGCUUGUUAAGGUGCGGGCUGCGGAACGCUCAUUUCCUGACUUUGCCCGGGGAAUGAGGAGGAUUACGAUGGUAACAUGGGGAAGGUGUCACAUCUGAUCCCUGGAAGGAAAGUGAAAUAAAUUCUCAAAGUCUAAUUGCUGGAAGUGGGAAACUUUUUUAAUUUUUUUUAAUUCACCUUAAGCAUGAACUCAAGAGUCAAAAAGCUCAAUUUGAGUUGAAAAAUGAUGUCAGUGGCCAAACAUGGGUUCCUAGGCUGGAUUAAUCGCGUUCAGCAUAUUUGUCUAAGAGCCUGUGGGAAAUGGCAGCAGCCAGCAGGAGCCAAUGCAAAGAGAUUCUCCAGGUCACUCCUUCUCUACAUGGGGCCGUCUGAGGAAGGUUUUAAAAGCAGGUUCUGGCCCUGAAGCUCCUCCCUUAGUAAGACUCCUUCGAUCUUCACAUUCCCAGACCAAUUCAGACACACACACAAAAACAGCAGCUUCUAUCAGGCUCACCAUGACAGUCUUGUCUCACUUCUGAUUCAAAAAAGGAGGCAAGGACACAAAAGGCACCACUCACAGCAGGAGCAGACAUACGUGAAACUGCGUGUCACAUAUUGAUAAGUCACUACAGAGACAGUGCUGAUCAGGGACCAGCUGGAAGGACAAAAUGGGUGUGUGGACAGCCCUGAUUCUGGCCUCGCAGCUGCUAUUAAAACUGAGCUUACACGUGGAAGCCCAGGCUUUAGUCUAUGAUCUGCUCACCUCGCCUGAUUGCCUGCCAGACCUGCUGCAGGGGGGUCUGGUCGAGCAAGGGGUGCACGAGGCUUUCAUCCUAACCUCCUUCAAGUUGCAGCCCAAGACCGGAACCAGUUUGUUUUCCCUGUACAACCCCCGGGACAACAGCAAGUACUUUGAGUUCACUGUGAUGGGGAAGCUCAACAGAGCUGUGUUACGCUACCUGCGGAGUGACAAGAGGAUGAGCUCAGUAACCUUCAACAACCUGGUCCUGGCAGACGGCCAACAACACCGACUGUUGUUCCACCUGAAGGGGAUGCAGCAGCCCGGGCCGGGCGGGGUGGAGCUGCAUCUGGACUGCAAGCUGGUGGAGACGGUCAGGGAUCUCCCUGCUGCCUUCCAAGGUUUGCCAGCAGGCUACGGUAUGGUGGAGCUGAAGACCAUGCAAGCCAGGGAUCAGGAGAGUUUAGACGAGCUCAAGCUGGUGGUUGGGGACACAUUUGAGAAUGUUGCGGCACUACAAGACUGCCACUUCCAACAAAGAGACUCCGUCCAAACUCUGGGGGUCAACACGAAGCAGCUGUCCAAUCAAAUGCUGGACUUAACCAAGGUGAUAAAUGAGCUGAAAGACGUCCUCAUUCAGCAGGUCAAAGAGACCUCAUUUCUCAGAAACACCAUUUCAGAGUGUCAGGCUUGUGGUCUGGGUGGUACUGAGGUGGUGAAACCAAGGUGUGCCGCAGGUGUCUGUUUCCGUAAUGAUAUGUGUAUAGAGACAGCGUAUGGUGUCGAGUGUGGACCGUGUCCUGACGGCUACACUGGGGAUGGUUUCAACUGUGAUGAUGUGGACGAGUGUCAGUUUAACCCCUGCUUCCCUGGAGUGAAGUGUGUGAACACUGCCCCGGGCUUCCGCUGCGACGCCUGUCCGCUGGGCUUCACCGGCCUGGCAGUGGAGGGUGUGGGCAUUUUGUAUGCCCAGACCAACAAACAGGUCUGUGACGACGUUGACGAAUGUAAAGAGCCCAACAACGGCUGCGCCGCAAACUCCGUCUGUUACAACUCUGUGGGCUCGUAUCAAUGCGGCAGCUGUAACACAGGUUUCACAGGGGAUCAAGUGAAGGGCUGUAAGCCAGAGAUCAGCUGUGGUAACAGCCUGACCAACCCCUGCGAUAACAACGCCCAGUGUAUCGCAGAGAGGGACGGGUCAGUCCAUUGUCUGUGUGGAAUUGGCUGGGCCGGUAACGGAUUCCUGUGUGGGAAGGAUACCGACAUUGACGGAUACCCAGAUGACAAACUCAAAUGCAAAGAUGCGAGCUGUAAAAAGGAUAACUGCAUCUUCGUCCCUAACUCCGGUCAAGAGGAUGCAGACAGGGAUGGCUAUGGAGAUGCCUGUGACGACGAUGCCGAUGGUGAUGGUAUACCAAACGAGCAGGACAACUGCAGGUUGAAGGCCAACGUGGACCAGAGGAACAGCGAUAAGGACAGCCACGGGGACACCUGUGAUAACUGUCGCACGGUGGAGAACCCGGACCAGAGGGACACCGACAGCGACGGCAAAGGGGAUGCCUGCGAUGAUGAUAUGGAUGGAGACGGCCUGAAGAACUUUCUGGACAAUUGCCAGCUUGUCCAAAACAGAGACCAGCUGGACCGGGACGGAGACGGAGUGGGAGACGCCUGCGACAGCUGCCCCGACAUCCCCAACCCAAACCAGUCUGAUGUUGACCACGACCUGGUUGGAGACUCCUGUGACACAAACCAAGACAGUGAUGGCGACGGUCACCAGGACACCAAGGAUAAUUGCCCAUUCGUAAUAAAUAGCUCCCAGCUGGACAGUGACAAAGACGGGCUGGGUGACGAGUGUGACGAUGACGACGACAACGAUGGGAUCCCUGACACUCUGCCACCGGGACCAGACAACUGCCGGCUGGUACCAAAUCCUGACCAGAUCGACGACAACGAUGAUGGAGUUGGAGACGUGUGCGAGUCUGACUUUGACCAGGACAAAGUGAUUGACAGGAUCGACAACUGUCCUGAGAAUGCUGAGGUCACCUUGACUGACUUCAGGGCCUUUCAGACGGUGGUGCUGGACCCUGAGGGCGACGCCCAGAUCGACCCCAACUGGGUUGUUCUGAACCAGGGAAUGGAAAUUGUCCAGACCAUGAAUAGUGACCCAGGACUUGCUGUUGGUUACACUGCUUUCAGUGGAGUGGACUUUGAAGGAACAUUUCACGUAAAUACAGUGACCGACGACGACUACGCCGGCUUCAUCUUUGGCUACCAGGACUCGUCCUCCUUCUACGUGGUGAUGUGGAAGCAGACUGAACAGACCUACUGGCAGGCAACACCCUUCAGAGCUGUGGCUGAGCCCGGCAUCCAACUUAAGGCUGUGAAGUCUAAAUCGGGCCCCGGGGAGCACUUGAGAAACUCGCUGUGGCACACGGGAGACACCAACGACCAGGUGCGUCUGCUGUGGAAGGACCCCAGGAAUGUAGGCUGGAAGGACAAGGUGUCCUACCGUUGGUACCUGCAGCAUCGCCCACAGGUUGGAUACAUCAGGGCGCGGUUCUAUGAAGGAACUGAGCUGGUGGCCGACUCUGGCGUGACAAUUGACACGACCAUGAGAGGAGGACGACUCGGUGUGUUCUGUUUCUCUCAGGAAAACAUCAUCUGGUCCAAUUUGAAAUACCGCUGCAAUGACACCAUCCCAGAGGAUUUCCAGGAGUUCAGCACUCAGCACGGCGUCGACUCACUCUAAAGUCGACAGAAAAACAUGACGCCAGAUCUCUAAAGACUGCUUGUGUGUGAAUGUGUGAAUGUGUGAGUGUGUGUCUGUCUGUCUGUGUAUUGAUGUGUACAGUUUCAGUGCAUAUAUGACCACAAUCUCCGUACUGUAUGUGCAUAUUAUCAUGUCUCUUUCUGUUACCCGAUUGUGUUUUUACUGUUUGAUUAUCUCUUAAUGAAUCCAGUUGAGCUCAUUAUGCUGAAGGUUAUAAGUUAUAAUGAUUUUUACUGAAAAUGAUGCUAUGUGAUAUGACAUAAAUACAACGAAAACAUGUCACAUCAAAUUACAAAAUGCAAAAUAUGGUCAAUAAUGGACAGUUUCCAUAUAUUUUCAAAAUAAAGGGAACAUUAUUAUAAUUUUUAAACAGUAUUUUGCUUCCACACGGGAGAUUUUAGCUUAUGUGUAGCAUGAUAAAAUUGUUCAAACAAGUGGAAGGAAAGUUACCGCUUCGGAUCAGCCUCAUACUGAUGUUACAUUUUGAUCAUAAACUGGUUGUAUUUGUUUAUCAGAGUGGUAUUUCUACUACGUUUGUAAAGAGGACACCAAGUUUUGUAUGACUCAAAUGUCAGACUGUGCCUUGCCUCACUUACUGUAGAAGAUUAACUUAAAGCUCAGUUUAACCAUGUGUUCUCUCUCCAUCAUUUGGUCCUUGACAUCUUGAUCAUUUCAUAUCUAUGUAGUCACGAUCCUGGUCAAAAUAAAAGGGCUUUAAAGUACAUCGAUGUUGAACACGCUCAUUCUUAUUUUUCCUUUAAAAUGUUGACAUGUUUUGAUGAUUAGAUGUGUUAAAAGACACCA